GGAAAUGGAACGUUUAGCCUCCCCGUUGCCUGCUAGUGACCUCUCUUCUCUUUUUUGUAGGUUGCUUGCAGUGUUUGGAUGUUGAGAAGCCAUGACGUCCUGCCUGCCGUACCUGGUGCUCCUGUGGGGCGCCCUCGGGGCCGCCGAUGCCGCCAAGAUUGUCGUGGUGCCUCCCAUCAUGUUCGAGAGCCACAUGUACAUCUUCAAGGCGCUGGCCGCCGGCCUGCACGCGCGGGGCCACCGCACGGUGUUCCUGCUGUCCGAGGGCCGCGACCUGGCGCCCUCGCCCCACUACCGGCUGCAGCGCUACCCGGGCGUCUUCAAUAGCUCCGCCUCCGACGCCUUCCUGCAGGCCAAGAUGCGCAACAUCUUCGCGGGGCGGCUCACGGCCGUGGAGCUCUUCGACAUCCUGGACCGCUACACGCAGAACUGCGACCUGAUGCUGGGCAACGGCGCGCUGCUGCGGGCGCUGCGGCGCGAGCGCUUCGACCUGCUGCUGGUCGACCCCAACGACAUGUGCGGCUUCGCCAUCGCGCACCUGCUGGGCGUGCGCUACGCCGUCUUCUCCACCGGCCUCUGGUUCCCGGCCGAGGUGGGCGCCCCCGCGCCCCUGGCCUACGUGCCCGAGUUCAACUCGCUGCUCACGGACCGCAUGGGCCUGCUGCAGCGGAUGCGGAACGCGGGCAUGUACCUGGUGUCGCGGCUGGGCGUGCACCUGCUGGUGCUGCCCAAGUACGAGCGGGUGCUGCGCAAGCACGGGCUGCUGCGCGGCCGCUCCCUGUACGACCUGGUGCAGGGCUCCAGCCUGUGGAUGCUGUGCACCGACGUGGCGCUCGAGUUCCCGCGGCCAACGCUGCCCAACGUGGUCUACGUGGGCGGCAUCCUCACCAGGCCGGCCGGCCCACUGCCCCAGGACCUGCAGAGCUGGGUGGACGGCGCCGGCCAGCACGGCUUCGUCCUCGUGUCCUUCGGCGCCGGCGUGAAGUACCUGUCGGAGGACAUCGCCCACAAGCUGGCCGGGGCGCUGGCGCGGCUGCCCCAGAAGGUGAUUUGGAGGUUUUCCGGAGCCAGACCCAGGAACCUGGGCAACAACACCAAGCUCCUGGAGUGGCUGCCACAGAAUGACCUGCUGGGGCACCCCCACGCCCGGGCCUUCCUCAGCCACGGCGGCCUCAACAGCAUCUUCGAGACCAUGUACCACGGCGUCCCCGUGGUGGGCAUCCCGCUCUUCGGCGACCACUACGACACCAUGACGCGUGUGCAGGCCAAGGGCAUGGGGCUCCUGCUGGAGUGGAAGACGCUGACCGAGGCCGAGCUGCACGCCGCGCUGGUGCGGGUCAUCGCCGAGCCCAGCUUCCGCAGGCGGGCCCGGCAGCUGUCGGAGAUCCACCGGGACCAGCCCGGCCACCCCGUGGAGCGCUCCGUGUACUGGAUAGAGUACGUCCUGCGCCACCGCGGCGCCCGCCACCUGCAGGCCGCCGUCUACCAGCUGUCCUUCUGGCAGUACUUCCUGCUGGACGUGGUCGCCGUGCUGCUGCUGGCCGCCGCCCUGCUGGCCGCCCUGCUGACCUGGGCCGUGCCCCUCGCCUGCAGGCGGGCCCGCCGCUGCUGGGCCUGGCGCGGGCCCGGCGCCGCGGACGGACACCACGCCAAUGGCGUCCUCAACGGCAGGUGCAAGAGGAACGGCCACGUCCCGCAGGACAAGAAGUCCAAGUGACCGCAGCCGUGGCCCCGUGGCCCCGUGGCCCGUGUCCCCCAUGGCCCCCGUCGCCCGUGUCACUGCUGCCCGUAGUCUAACCCGAGAGCCGUCAGCGAGCAGUUCUAACCUGUCUCUGAUCCACUAACGUGACCUGCGUGCCGGGCGGCCGUGGGAGCACCCACCUCGAGCGAAACCUAUUUUAUUCCGAUGCCCAUGCCGCCGCCCAGACUGCUCGGGCCUGAGUGAUCGGAGGCCAGUGCAGUUCCGAGCCCUGACACGUGUGCUCCCCUGAGCCGUGUGCCUGCGUGUGAGCGUGUGCUCCCCGAGGGGUGUGGCCGGCGCGGGCAUGUGUUCAGGGCGCGGCAUCCGGAGUGAGAUGAAGGGCCCCAGCACCGUUUCCCUCCGGAGCCGAAAGCCAAACUCA